AAUUGGGAGAUUGCUCACGGAAUAAGAGAUGUUAAAUAAUGUUUAUUAUCAAAGUGAUGAGUUGGGAGCAGAGAUGAGGAGGAUCCCUGAAUUAGACCGCCAUUGGGGGCUAUCUGGUGGUUGAUCCUGGUCCGAGACUGUCCGGGUCGGCUCGGAUUCUUGUGCUCAUGAACGUGUUAUUUCCGAUCUUCAAGCGUUUCUUUUGAGAAGAAUGGCCGGCGUGGUGCCGGUGGCCGGUAGGCCUGGCCGGAAACAGUGGACACUGCACGAUAGUCCACGUAUUUCUCUAAGAGGGUUACGAUCUCAAUUGGCCGAAGAUGGCUGUCCAGAGUCUCAGGUCGUUCUGGCUAAAGAACUUUUGGAAGAAAAAUGUGAACGAGACGUGGAUAGCGAGGAAAAUGCCAAGUUAAGCGUUUACUGGUUGACUAAGGCUUCGGAGCAAGGAAACUUAGAAGCCACGGACAUACUGAGGAAAUGUUUAGCUACUGGGCGGGGAAUCACCGAGUAUAAUUAUUAUGAUGUAAAGAGGUGCUUGGACAUGUCUCAGGACGAGAAACUAGCCAGAAGAGCAGCUCGAGAAAUGUUCACCAGUCUGUCCAAUGGGGAAGAUUUCAUAACUACAGAACAAAUUCAGAGGCGGAUGCGAGAUCUUAAUCUCCCAUCCACAAGCAGAGAUGGCUAUUCUCGAUCAGAAAAUUACUCUUCGAGCAACUCUCAAAAGUCACUGGGUAAUUCCUACAAAGCUACCUCUGCAAAUGACACCGUUUCAGACCACUCUACUUCCUAUCAAGACAAUGAGAGGAUCGCCGACGCGUCACAAGAUUGGUUGUACCACAGAGGUGAAAAGAUAACGGAGGCAGUACUAGUCUCAGCUGCAACAAGUUAUGCCCGUGGCUUGCUUCCGAUAGUGUCUCGUUCUCUGUGUAUGGUAGAUCCGUCUCAGAUGGCUCUAGAUGCCGUUCCUCUUUUUCAAAGACCUUUCGUCCAUCCUUUAGCUUCUUUAAAACGUCUUUACGUCUGGUUGGUUGAAACUCUGGGUCGCCGUGGAGCACCAAUCAAAAAGAUAUUCUUUGUGCGAGACGUGCACACGCUUCUUCUUUUGUUGUUAUAUUUUUUAUUCGGGACGGAAAACCUGAUACUCUUCAUUCCUACAGUUUUAUAUUAUAUCUCCUUCACAGUCAUGGUAAUAUCAACCUUCCAAAUGUUGCACAGAAAACGCGAGUUGACAGAUUUUCGCGUCUGGUCUGGCCUCUUCCUCAGCUACUCCGGAGGCAACUUAAAGCCCGAAGAGGCUGAAUAUCAGUUCUGUCGAAAUAAUCUAAAACCUUAUGCUCAGUAUUUUCUAGCUUUGCUACUAAAUCUAAUGAUAUAUCCUAUCAUAGCUCAUCAAUGGACGCCACAGUCAGAAUUCACUAUUAUAGCGUUCACCUUGACUCAGAUCACACUGGUAAAUUUCAUGUGGAAAGAUGCAUCCAAUGCACCUGAUUUCUUAGCUCUCUUCAGUUUUGCGGUACACGUACUUGCAAAAUAUCCCUACGAGGCUGACCUAGUCGUGACACAAGGAUGGAGGUUUUUAGAUAUAAGGGUCCCGACAUUCGCUUCAUACGUCGUCGGCAAUGGCAUAGAGUUCUGUUUAAACUGUCGUGCCGUAUUUUAUUUGCUGAUACCUGCUGUAUUUGCAAAAAUGGCAGCAAGAGAUGGCUGGCGAGGAACUUACAAAACACUCAUACCACACUGCGUUACGUUAAGCUGGUGGCAAAUAGCUAUACUCAGUUCACAAGCUGCUACAUGGUACGGGUUGAUUAGGGGUGCUCUUGCAUUAGUUGGGAUGGUGCUCUUUUUACCACUCGCUGGGUUAGCUUCUAUCGUUCUGCCCAUAAUAGCUGCUACUAAAUAUCUCCCUGAAAGUGACUUCGCAAUGAGAGCUGCCGUUACCAUACUCAUCGGUGGAGUACCUUUCAUUGCUUCGUGGUAUGUUCGAAGAACUAGAGUUCCAAGGUUCAACUGGAUCAUCACUUUAAUACAGCUUUUCCUUGGAAUUACCGCAGCUAUAUUCCUAUCGUGGCCUAUCAUAAUGUCUCAUAGAAGGGACAUGAGUGCAAGCUCGUACGAAUCAAUCCCUGCUUUAUCCUGGGAGCACUAUCAAAAUCAUUGCCAUCAGCCUGCGUGGGAGGAAUCAUCGUCAAAGGCCAGGGUCCAAAUUCAAUGUGCUCAUUUGGAAGGCGUACCAGUUUCCUGGGAAGGUUACGUUACAAAUAUUCAAGUUAAGACCAUACAGAAUAAUAUUGCAAUGGUUCUUAAUAGACUUCCGGAUUAUGUCAGGAUACCAUUGUUUUGCUCAUACGGGGAACCUUAUAAGGAAAAGUGUGAGAUGGGUGACGAGCUUAACCGUAAAACAUGUCAAACCCUAAUAAGGGUUCAACAAUGGAGACAUCGGUGUCACUUGUCCUCUUGGAAUAAGUACGAAUUCGAGAUUUCGGUAAAAAUGAAGAGUGGCAUGUGGGGAAGCAAUGCACAAAUCCUGCUUAUCGCAGACCACUCCUUCACGAACUUUAGUUUAAGUAUAUACCCAGGCGAUAAGAUCUGGUUUUCCGGGGUCCUUAUGAAUACUGGCCUACAGGGCGACUCACUUUUAGGAGGUUCGAAACCUCAGAUAGAUUUAGAAGAAGUCGGUUGUCUUGCUUGUCAUAUUUAUGACUUGAAAUCCUACAAACGAUACAGAUACCAAAUCACGUUGACAGCGAUUGUCCACGACAUCUAUCUUGGCGUGAAAACUGUCCUCAAUUUCCUUUUCAAUCCCUUGGUAAUAUUUAAAUAAUUGUAUCAUCCUCCCUCUCGAUUGACUGAACGCAGGGAAAUCCUAGUUAUUUGCAUGAUUGAUUUAAGAUGAAAUUUAAUUUCUUACGUGUUGUACCAUGACCGAUCUAAGUCUACCUCUGCAAAGGGAUUGAAUAUCUAAUUUUCUUCUAUUUCAGUAUUUUAGAUUUGUAUUGAAAAUGGAUAUUCAUACGAGUUUAGAAACAAUACGGGUGCCUUUUUUAUUAUCGGGAUAUCGUCGAGUCACCUCUUUCUAGAUCGUAAGAAGGGAAAAAUGCCAAACGUCCUAAGGAUCACUUUUGUCGGAUACUUGGAGCGUUUGCCAUUUUGGAUCCUCGCAUAAGUACAUGAAGUUUAAACUUAUAAGUUAGAUUUCGUUGAGAAACUUCUAUCUCAUAUUCUGGAGAAUAUAUCUAUACGGUCCUGUGAACAAUAUAUUUUCCUAACGCUACUGCCACUAUAGAGGUCGGAGUCAGAGGAAGAGUGAAUCUAAUAUUUUUCUAAUUCCGUUUCCACUCGUCGACAAGAGGAAAAGAGGGAGUUUAUUUUUAUUCCAGAGUUUUCCGAGAUGUGGGGGAGGAUUGAUUUUUUUUUUAAGGCCGUUCCGGUCGUGAUACCUCCACUGCAUCGCUCGUAUUAUUUACAGUUGGAGUUAGAACGUGACCGGUUUUGUGCACAAUCUUGGCAAAAUCUGUAGACUUCUAUUGUACUGUCGAACUGUCAUUAGGUCUUGAGAUUUUGCAACUGCACAUCCAUGUAGUAGUGGUACAAAAGUAAUGGGAAUUAAAGAACGGUACCCACAAGGUACUAAGGAACUAUAUCGGUGUUACGUGUUUAGAAUCGAACGACUCUGGAAAGUUAAAGUGCUCGUCUGUCAUUCGUUGUUCGAAGAGAUAGGCGGCACUUUGUUACCUUGAUGGAUGACAAUAGCGACCAAAAUUGAAGGGAAAGGCUAAAAUGGGAGAUAGAUGUGCCUUGAUGUACUUAGUUCGACUAAUAGCUUUAUUGAUCCCGACGUAGAUCUUAGAGAAACGUAGGUGAGAUAUCCACUUCGUUAGAAUUAGGAUAACAUAUUCAUAUACAAAAUGUGCCAAUUGAUUUCUUUUAUGAAUCUGUAUAGUUAAGAGUAAAGGGAAGUAAUUAUUUCCUCGAGAAA